CCCCGCAGCCCCAGCCCCAGCAAGCACCCGCUAGCCACCUUCAGCUGGGGCUCGGGAGAGCAAUCCGGCUGCCCUCCUGGGGGCAGCCCAAACCAUGGAAGCCUUCGCAGGUUGCUGAUCACCGCCAGGCGGCUGCUGCAGCGACUGCAGAGGCGCUGCGCCAAGCGGCGCGGGAGUCGUGCGAGCCGGCCGGACUGCGGAGGGCGAGUGGACCCAGCCAGGAAGCCCCGAACCACGUGCCAACUGGGAAGGUGAUGGUCAGCGAGACCAGCCCGGCCUAUUCUGGGGCUCCUACUCCUGCACCAGGAGUCCUUCGACCUGCAGCCCCUGCCAAAGAGGGAGGACUGGAUGUGGGAGGCAGGAUCUGAGGGGCAGGGACCUGGGGAGAAGCAGGCUUUGCUGGUAGAUUAGAAGAUCCUUUUUGCUGCACUGGUGGACAGGAGGGUCCUUGUCUGACUGUGACAGGGUCUUCAGCCCUCUGGGCACCUUCACUGUGACCUGGAAGAUCUGGGGUUGGACUGAGACUUCUAGCCACCCCUGAGGCUCUAAGGACUGAGACUUUAAACUGGGGUUAGCAGCCUGUGCCAAGCCCCCACUGAAUUCACUGGUGGAGGCAGCCACCUGCAGCCUAGCCUAUAGGCCCUCGCUUGAUUCUGGGGUGUCGUGUCUGAAGGGCAAGAGGAGAAGCCAUGCCAGGCAGUGGCCCCAGUGAGAGGAUGACAUGGCCCGGCCCUGCCCUCCCUACGCCCCCCACAACCCGCCCUCUUUCCUCAGCCCCGGGAACACCGCCCAUUCCGCCGCUCACCAGGACCCGCAGCCUCAUGGCCAUGUCCCUGCAGGGAAGUAGACGAGCCUCUGCCGGAUCUCGCAGCGGGGGCACUUUAGGCCGUAGCGGCCUGGCAGUGUUCGCCCAGUGCCCACAGGUGCCCGCCAGCCAGAAUGAGCAGCGGCCUCUUCUCCCCGCCUCCAGGCGCACCUCUCCACCUGUGAGUGUGCGGGACGCCUACGGCACCUCUUCCCUCAGCAGCAGCAGCAACUCUGGCUCCUGCAAGGGCAGUGACAGCAGCCCCACACCGAGGCGCUCCAUGAAGUACACACUAUGCAGCGACAAUCACGGCAUCAAGCCUCCCACCCCAGAACAGUAUCUGACUCCACUGCAACAGAAGGAGGUUUGCAUCCGGCACCUGAAGGCCCGGCUCAAGGACACACAGGACCGGCUCCAGGAUAGGGACACGGAGAUCGAUGACCUUAAGACGCAGCUGUCCCGCAUGCAAGAGGACUGGAUUGAGGAGGAGUGCCACCGCGUAGAAGCACAGCUGGCCCUGAAAGAGGCCCGCAAGGAGAUCCGGCAGCUCAAGCAGGUCAUCGACACUGUCAAGAACAACCUGAUUGACAAGGACAAGGGGCUGCAGAAGUACUUUGUGGACAUCAAUAUCCAGAACAAGAAGCUGGAGACCUUGCUGCACAGCAUGGAGGUGGCCCAGAAUGGAGUCGCCAAGGAGGAAGGAACAGGGGAGUCAGCAGGUGGGUCUCCUGCACGGUCCCUCACCCGCAGCUCCACCUACACCAAGCUGAGUGACCCAGCCGUCUGUGGUGACCGCCAGCCAGGGGAUCCCUCCAACACCUCUGCCGAGGAUGGAGCUGAUAGUGGAUAUGUGGCUGCCGAUGACACCCUGAGUCGGACGGACGCCCUGGAGGCCAGUAGCCUACUGUCAUCAGGAGUGGACUGUGGCCUUGAGGAAGCCUCGCUGCACAGCUCCUUCAACCUGGGCCCCCGCUUCCCUGCCAGCAACACCUACGAGAAGCUGCUGUGCGGCAUGGAGGCUGGUGUGCAGGUCAGCUGCAUGCAGGAGCGGGCCAUCCAGACAGACUUUGUGCAGUACCAGCCUGACCUGAACACCAUCCUGGAGAAAGUGGGCCAGGCUCAGGUGUGCGGUUCAGUCCUCAAAGACAGGCACUCAGAGCUGGAUCCCCACCCUUCAGGGCCCAGAGACCCUGACUCAGCAGUGGUAGUCACAGUAGGUGACGAGCUUGAGGCCCCAGAGCCCAUCACCUGUGGGCCAGCCACACACCGGCCUGCAGUCAACUCUAACCCAGGACUGCCCGUGAGUGUGGUGUGUCCCGUGGAAGAGGAGGAGGAGGAGGCAGCCGCUGCCACCACCACCGAAAAGGAACCCAAGAGUUACUGGAGCCGCCACUACAUCGUGGAUCUGCUGGCUGUGGUAGUGCCAGCUGUGCCAACAGUGGCCUGGCUCUGCCGCUCCCAGCGGCGUCAGGGCCAGCCCAUUUACAACAUCAGCUCCCUGCUGCGGGGUUGCUGCACGGUGGCCUUGCACUCCAUCCGUAGGAUCAGCUGCCGCUCACUGGGCCAGCCGAGCUCCAGCACAGCCGGUGGCUCUCAGCUCUGAGGCUGCCGGCUCUCCACUCCUGGCAGCCUGACCAUUGAUUGUAGGAUGCCAUUUGCUGCCCCACACCCACACCCACACCCAUCCCCUUUUGGCUUCCUCUUAUAUACUUUCAGGUCUGGAAUAGCGCCCCAACCCAAGAUGUCAAUAGUGUCAGGGAUUCAGAAAGUCAUCCCAAAACUUGGAGAGAAAAGGUUAAAAUGGCUAAUUGAAGAGGGAGAAACUGCUAAGAGCUUCCCCCCUCUGUCCCCUCUGUCCACCCAGACUUUAGACAAGGCAGGCCCUGCUCAAAAUGUCUCUGGCUGUAUUGAUCUGAGGAUCCUCCCCUCUUUUGAACCAUUCCUUCCAUCACCUGGCCCACCCCAUGCCUUCUCUUCCAGGCCACCCCUUGCCCCUCUCCUUGGGCUCCCGGACCAGUAUUACCUCCUCAAAUGGAGGCAGCCAGGACCCAGAACACAGAGAGCCACUCCCAGCAGGGUCUGGCUUCCCUGGUCCCACUGAGGCUCCAGCUCUCCUCCCUUGCCCUGGGAUGCAAAAGUAUGGUCCAGCUGGAAUGACCAGCUCAGGCAGGAGGGUAGGUUCUGUGUCUGUCUGUCUGUCCUCUUGGCUUCUGGGUGUGUUAGAUCUUUGUGAGAUGUCCAAUGCCCAUCACUACUAACACGCUUACCAUGGGAGUGGAGGGAGCCCUUACCCAAGCCCCAGCUUCCUUUGGGCAAAUCUGCCAGCACAGAGAAGGCAAGGCUAGCAGCUCUAGGGCACCCUUCACCUUCUGAGAUGAGUCCACCUCAUCUGUAGCCUAGAGGUACCUCAGUGAGUUGGGAAAGUCAGAGGCCACUUACCCAGGCUCCAUUGGCUCCAAGCCCUGACUACAUUUGCACUCAGUUUCCUGAAGGACUUUGUUUCCUGCCCACCCCAGAAACCCCAGGCUGCUUGUUUUCUGGGACGAGGGCUUCUCUCAUGGAGCUGACUUCAGAGGAAUAUGGCCAUCAGGGGGCACCUCCAGAUGGGUUUCUGAAGUCACAUCGUCUGCCUGUCUAUGCCAAAGCAGAGUCUCUGAGUGUGCUUCCCAAGUAGGGGCAUGGCCAGGUGGUGGGAGCCUGUCUGUGCUGCUCCUGGUCCAGGCCCCGUCAGCCUGAGAAAAUGCUCUGAUCCUUACUUCCCUCUUCUUCCCAGAGAGGUCGUUCCGACCUGACUGGCCCACCUCCAGGGAGCUGGUAGAGUCCUGCAUCUCACCCUCUGGCUGGGAGCCUCUCUGGUUCUCUGCUAAGGUCGCUUGCCCUCACUGUUGCUCCAGUGGCCACCACUUGACUCAUGAGUUCUGCCCCUCCACUCUGUGCCCUCCAGAGGGGCACCUGCAUGCACUGGGAGUGGGCAGCCAGCCUAGCCAUCAGGGCAAGAGCCCUCUGCCAUGCGCUUUGUGCCUCCAAAACUCCCCCACCUUGGCUGGGGCCUCAGACCAGCCAUCCUUGGUGGAACAUCCCUACCCCAGCUGAACCAAACCCAAAUGCCUGAGGCCUCGCUGGGGCUGCCCCAUAGGACACUGGGGUGGUACCAUGGAGAGACAGGGGAUAAAACUGAUCCAAAGCCACGCCAGGACUGGCCACGGACCCAGCCUCCUGCGCCGUGUACUCGUGGAGCUCCACAUGUCUCCCUAGCAACAGUCGAAGCUCUGCUGAGAAAAUAAAUGUAUGAACUAUAUUUGACAACAUAAAAUCCAUAUAUUUUUCACCACUGGCAUUUAGUCCAACUUUGCAGCCCCUCUGUUCCAUGUCUUGCUGUCUGGGCAUUCUUGUCGUGUCUCGUGUUUGGUGGACUUGGGCAGGGCUAGGACUGUGGUCUACCCUGUUCCUGCUGCUGGAGAAGCCAUUGAAAAGGGUCCAGGUUUGUAGAGGCAUCAAGUGGAACUGGCCACCACCCUGCUUCUGCUGUGACCCUAACCCUGCCUAUGUGAUCACCAGAGGACCUCACCUACAGCAGAGGUCCUCUCUUUCUCGUGAGUUCUGCCUCUCAGAAGGGCUCUGCUCCUUGCCAGAGCAAGUGGAGUGAGCAGCCCAUUACCCAGCCCUGGGAUGACCUGUGAACCCUGCAGGCUGGGGUAAUGGCCCUAUCCUUAAGUUUAUAUAAGCCCAGAGUCCCAUAUCCGUACAAAGGGGUUGCAAUGCCCGUGCAAUCCUAAGAGGUAGGCUUGGAAGUAGACACUUGAGCAGCCUGCUGGUUCCAGAUAUGGAGAAGGGGGCUGAGAGCAAGGUGGAACUGGGCCAGGCUCCCCUUAGAUGCUCAUCCCUAAAGCUCUCCCCAUCCCAUAGGCUGCAAUUUUCCCUCUUGCCCUUGGCUCCUGGAGCAAAAAUGUUAAGGGUGCUCCUUUCCCCUGCCUCCAGUCAGAGCACACAAGGUCUUGAGGAAGUGUCCCCAGGAACUACCUUCUACUGGGCCCUUGGAGCCCAGUGGCUUGAAGUAGUGGCUCCUUUGUUUUGGAGCCCUCUGAUGGGGUUCAGUGAGGAUUUCUGAACAGAGGCAACGUUGAACAGAGUUCAUGAUCAAUGUGUUCAAGCAGGUAGCAUACAUAGCUUUUCACUGAGACUCCUCUUCACCUAUACAGGCACAGGACAACAAAUCCCAGGCUUUAGGGCCAAAGGCUACUGAGGGGUCUCCACCCAAGGAACUCACAGCCCUCCUCUGAUCUAGGUGACAAUGUAAACAGGCCACUGCGCACUCAUAUUAGGCUAUCCUCUUGACAGGAACUUCAGGGGACAGAGGAGGAGGCCUGUGGGAAGGGGUCAUAACUCUCGGUCUCCUUUGUCUCUUUAUUCAGACAGAGUUGUGCCUGUAGCAGACAGCUCUGAAUUAAAGCAUGAACACGCACACAGC